AUGGAAGAGAAGGAUCUCAAUUUGAUUGAAAAGGAUAACCUUGACGUGGUGACCGACAACUUAAAAAGCGAAAACGCUAAGUACAUGGAGACACACCCAGAGCUGCGGGACUUGCUGAAUGACUUCAUAUCCUCCGUUUUGUUGCAUACACCGAGCAAACGAAGUAGCCAGAAACGUGCGCUGUGA